UUCGUACAAUCGCAAGUGAAGCGUAAAAUAGAUGGUGAUGUUCUUGUUUACAUGUUGCUAACGUGAGAAGAAAAGAAAGAACGACCAGAUUUUGCAUUUAAAUUUCCAUUGAUAAGAACCUUGAUAGGGUUAUAAAAGGUUAUCAUAAUGUAUUCUCAUACAAACCAGAAAAUUGACGAAAUAAGGCGGGAUAUUGAUAACAUAGCCCAAAGUGGAAAUUAUUAUUGUACGCAAGAAAUAGGCAGAGAAUUAUCAAAUAUUCGAAAUGGACUUGAUCAUAUGAGACUUGACAACAAUAUAUCAUCAACCACAAAAUUCAAAGGGAGCCCUGGCAUAAAUACAUACACAUCGGGUCCUCCAGAUUUAGACAGAGUAAGCAAUCACCUAUCACAUCUCAAACAUGUUAUGGAUAUUGAGAACCUGCAGGGUAAACAGGAAAAUCAGUUACGUGAAAGACAUCAUUAUGCAGUCCAGAAUCUACGUGGAAUCCAGCAGGAUCUGGAUCCCCACACCUACCAGGCUGCAGAUAGAAUACGUCAGUUUGGAGAUCACAUAGGUGUCACUGACAGCUACACUGGCUACCGUAAUAAUCUCUCCCGAGGAUCACGGGAACCAUUCCAAAUGAGAACAGCAUGGGCAGAUAAGAAUUGCAAUACUGGAUACAUGGGUGCUCUAAAUGCUGCCAGGAAAUUUCAUGAAGAUAGAGAAAGACAGUCAGCAAUGAUGAGACCAAAGACAGCGCCAUCACUACUAGGAAGUAAAAUACAGUAUGGAUUUAAUGCACAACCAAAGUUUGAUUACAGAGGUUACCAGACGAUUGACAGUAUAUACCCACGCAGCAAUACCUUUCAUCAGUCCAGUGGUCCAGCGGUUAGUUGGAAAUUGAACGAGACCAAAGCAGAAAACAGUUUAAAUAAAUUUCCCCGGGAAAGUCCAUACCAGACCAUGACUACCACAGAUCCAAGAGGUAUGCAGUGCAUGUCUGUUCAGGAACAGGCAGGAAUCAAUACAAGAUUCCCAGGACCAACAGAAUAUUCCACCAAGUUUGAGCGACCCCCGAUGGACAUUCCAACAAGUGCAUUUAACAUUAAUCCAACACCAAACUUCCACCUCCACCAACGCCCUCUAGGAACAGAAACAUAUGAUGCUGUUAAUACAGAGUAUCAAGUUAGAUAUGAAUGGCCAGAUAGCAAUAAAAUUGUCAGAAUGCCAUGGUUACGAAAAUAGACAUAAUAUAAACAAAUUUAAAUUUGCAAAUUCAUCAAUCUAAACUAAAUUAUAUUAUUGUUACUUUGUUGUUAUUGCGAGGGUUUUACAUGGAAGAUGGUGCCUAUGAUUUUUGGCGGAAAAGAAUUAUGUAAUGCGAAAAAAACUGUUACUCGGAAAGAAAAAUCUGAUGUAAAUAAGCUUUUAUACAAAUCAGCAUUAGUUUCUAUUUAGUAAAUUCUAUUAACUCUUCACUAAUAUAUUGUAUUCAGGAAAGAUGCAAACACUAAAAACUUAAUGUAGAAAAGCUUCAUAGAUAGAAAAAAACCACAAACAAUGUAUAACUCUGCAGGGCUUCUUUUCUAAAGAUGACUAACUACAUAUCUGACCAUAAGAAGGAAACCAAUCAGUGUAGUUAUUAAGAUGUCUUAUCAAAGGUAGCAUAUUGUUUUUUUAAUGUGGCUGAUAUAUUAGUAUAUAUAUAUAUUUAUUUUGAUAACAAUAUUUCAUUUUUUUUUUUAAAUAGUUUUAUAUUUACACUUAAUUUUUGAAAUAUUAAUGAAAUUUGAAUUACUUAUACAUUUUUAGAUGUGGUUGUAAUAUAAUCUCUUUAAGUUUUUUUUAACUGUUUUUAUCGCUUCCUCUUUCUUUUUCUUUAAUUUUAAAGCAAAAAUUAAAAGGUUAUUAAAUUUACCAAAGAAUUUUUAGCUAGGAUAUAUAUUAUCUAUUAACUGUUAUUGUUUUAAUUAUUAAUGGAUUGUUGUUCCUGAAUUUUGUUACAAAAGUUAUAAUUCCUGCACAGUAUUUGUUAAAAAAUGUGAUGAAAAUAUGAUAUUCAACUGUGUUUAAAGGAAUGAUGCAAUUUAAAAGGAGCUUGCUCUGACUUACUCUAAAUCAAAUAGCAUAGUAUAGGGGAGAUAACUCUAUUUUCUAUGUCCUUUGUUAUGUAUUGUAUCUGUGAUCAUUAUAGUAAUAUUGCCUUAUUCUGUCAUAUUGGCAAUAAAAAUUAUCAUAAUA